GACCACGAACCACAUCUUUCACCAAUGGAUCGUGAGACUCGGAAGGCUUAGGCGCCGGGCACAGAUUGCUCUCGGUGCAAUGGAUAUUUCAGACUCAUAUUUCAUAAAGUGGUUCACAACUUUGGUUCGCCUGUGAUGGUCCAGCGACAGCGUGUCAUUGCAGGUGCGAACUCGAGCUUUCAACCGGCCAGGCUAUUCGCACCGCAUCGCGGAGGUAUUUGCGGCCAAAACAAAGUCUUUCCCAACGAGACAUUUGGUAGGCUUCCGACGCCAUCGUCCCAUCCCUUUGAGGCCAUCGACUGGGCCUGAACCCUGAAUGAUUCUUCCAGUGAGCGGGCUGGCUCAGACUUGACGACAUAGACGCGAUGUCACGAUAAUUUGGAGGCGUCUAAUGGCAUCCACGGUCGAUUUAUCUCUCCCAUCUAGUACUUGACGAACCGGAAGCUUCCUUUAUGUUAUUGUUACCUUUUCUGUGUAGCAUUACGCUGCUUAAAGACCCUGGGCAAGAUGCGGCUGAAGCGUCCAUGGUAGGCUGAGGGUCCAACCUUACAAAUAGCCGCUGUCCGGUCCGGUGGUCAACAUUCGGCUGCAACACAUGAUGCUCUCGUGGGUUUGUUGCCAGAAUGGGACCUGUCCGCUUCGGAAGCAAGCUAGUCUCCCGAAAGUAGUUGCUCAGGGCGGAGGAAGCUCUGGCACAGCCGUGCCUAGAAACGAAAGAUAUCGCUACCUGACUGAAUUUUUAAUGGUAGCGUGAGGGGAUCGUGAGUGCCACAGUCUGGAUAAUGGCAAAUUUCAAUCUAAAUGGCUCCUGUCUUUGAUCUCUUC